AUGAUAAGGGAAAACCUCAAAUUUGACGUCAAAGACCUGAAGCUUCCAAGGAUAAAAGGCGAGGACGAGGAAGACGACGAGGAAGAGACGAAACAAGGGGUGGUCAGAUCUCGGCCGGUCUUUAGCAAUAACAGACGCUUCCAUGCUUCCCCGUCCCGUGGUAGACACCCUCCCACGCCAAAGAUAAACACAGGCAGCCUUGAGGAGACCCUAGAAGAACACAGAUUUGCCAACCGGACAGUUGUACGCAGAAUUAAAGUGCGAGGGACACCGAACUUACUUCCCGAAAGCUAUGGGGGUGAUAAAGUCAGACACAAUGGCCCUCUGGAGCAGAAACAUCUCAUCAACACACAGCGAGAGCUAUGGAAAUUGCGGAAGUUGACAAGAGACCUGGCAAGGCUGAAUGAGCGUCAGAUGAAGAAAUUAUAUCCCACUUCACUGAAAUCACCUCCACCGAAGACCGAACAACAAAGCCCCGUGCGGUGCGAUUGGUUGGAAUAUAUGAAUGAGCAGGAGUCGAGGGAUGGCUAUUCACGACUUAGCGAUGAGAUUAAAGCGUUUGAGCGGUACAUGUCUGAGAUCCAGCAAGAGAAGGAGGUGGUUAGGAGAGUAAUAGGUGAAAUGGAGGAGAUAUUGAAACCCGUUGCUGGUGAUUCCAACCGGCAGCCCAUGCUGGUCGGAUCGCGGUACACAGGCAUGGAAACUCGGAAUUCGAACGUCGAUCUUAUGAUACCCAUUGAAGACCCGGAUGGAUUGCGGACGGGUGUUCGUGGGCCGAGUGUGACUCGCCCGAAGAUCACAGCUAUGCAGAUGGACAUUCUGGUUCGGUCUGCCCGUCUCCUACGUGCAACUGGGACGUUCUCCAACGUCACUGUUAAGAAGGAGCAUGUUCCUUUUGUUUCGGCUGUUCAUUCAGCUACAGGUCGAAAUGCACGGAUAUGCUGUGGCCUGAAACCCCAUUCGAGCAUGGAAUAUGUUCUGAGCUAUAAAGCGGAGUUCCCUACCUUACGAUCGCUAUACGUUGCCUUAAGAAUGGUUCUGGAGGCAAGAGGGAUGUUUGGUGUGGAAAACCGAACCGUCGACGCAUACGGGCUUACAAUGAUGAUUGUUGCAGCGCUUAAGUUGGGAGAAGGCAAAUUCGACCGUCUCGACCUCGCAAAACAAUUCCUGCAUACUCUUCGGUUUUAUAAAGAUCUUGAUCUCAUUCGGUAUGGUAUAUCUGUGGAACCACCGGCUCUUUUCCGGAAGAGAGCCCAUGCUCGGGUUCAUAACACAGAGCAGCUACCGCACGUCAGGGGACAGAAGAGUAUUGCCAAGAGAUCGAUAACAAGAGGUGAUAAGAUGUUAUGCUUACAGGACCCAGCGGAUUUUAUGAACGACUUGGGAAUGUCAAGUUUUGACAUGCCAAGGUUAAGAGAUAUUUUUGGAAAAGUCCAUGAUGAUAUACUAGGGAAAGUAGAAGCAUGGGAUGGAGAGGCCCAGGCAGGCAAAGAGCUAGUGUCUGAUCCUAAUGUCGGUUUCAAUGCCGAAUUUGCAGAGUCGGAGAGACCGAGUCUAUUGAAAUAUGCUCUGGGGUCGAAUUAUGACCAUCUAGAGGUAUUAAGGGAUAAAGCUAUCUGUGAAUGCUCAUAA